ACUUUGCCGCGGCCCCAGCGAGAUCCAGGCGCGCGCCGGAGGAAAUAUAGUCCCUGCCGGCGGUCUGCUGGCGCGGGUGGCAAAGGGGACCGCGCAGGGGCUGCGCGGGGCUCCCGGCUCCGGGGGGACCAUGCUCCCGGCAACGCCGGCAGCCCGGGGACCCGGCGCAACUUAGCGGGCAGCCGGAGGAGUUGGGGGCGACCACGGGCUCGGCGCCCGGUCGCCUUUCUUCACCCUCCCCAGCCCCUUUCCCCAUCUGCCGUGCAGGAGGGGACCCGUGUCCCCCCUUCCCUGGAGGCCCGAUCCACCCUAUCCGGGACACACAACUUCCAGGGAGCCCGGGCCAAAGUGAGCGCAAAGUACAGCCCAAGUUCCUGCGAUGGAGCUGCAGAGCCGGCCCGAGGCGCUCGCCGUUGAACUCUCGCGCCACCAGAACGGCGACCUCAAGAAACAGCUCUACGAAAAGCAGCCGCGGAUCGCAUCGCUCAGCGACAAACAAGCUUUGGGCCACAUCACUGCAGUGCCUGUCACGGGUCCUCAGGUCAGCUCCUUGCAGAGGUUGGCCGGGCAAGGAGCAGCAGUGCUACCUCAGGUUAGGCCAAAGACUCUGAUUCCAGACAGCCUCCCUGUCACCCCGGGCAGGGACCGGCCACCCAAGCAAACCCCAACAUUCCAAAAGGCCACUGUGGUCAGCAUCAAGAACCCCAGCCCAGCCCUUCCCACUGCCAACAACACCGUCAACCAUGUGCCAACGCCCAGCAGCCAGCCCCAGGCCCUCGCUGAGCCCACUGCCAUCACCUCACCCCUGAGCAGCGCGGGGGUAGCCUACGCCAUCAUCUCCACCUCCCCCAGCAAUGCCGCCGCCAUCACCCCCAGCACCACCGUGCCCGUGGCUAAUGACAGCAUCAAAGUGCAGCCCCUACUCAUCAGUGCCGACAGCAAGCCUCCAGGCUUCCCCUCCUUCCCUGAACCCUCCCUGUCUCAUCCUUCCCUAACCCUAACCCUCCCACUGCCCCUCCCUGAGCUCCCAACUCAUCCCUUCUGCACCCUUCAGGUCAUCAUCAUUCAGCCUCAAGUGCAGACGCAGCCCGAGAGUUCAGCGGAGCCCCAGCCGCCCACGGAGGAGCCAUCUCAGGGAGCUCAAGCCACCAAAAAGAAGGAAGAUUGGACCCCCAGCCAGGAGAAUCCUGAGAAAAUUGCCUUCAUGGUAGCGCUAGGCCUGGUCACAACUGAGCACCUGGAAGAGAUCCAGAGCAAGCGCCAGGAGCGGAAGAGGAGGAGCACGGCCAACCCCACCUACAGCAGCUUCUUGGAGACUGAGCGGAAGCGGCUGGCCUCCAGCUAUCUCAACAACCCCCUGUUCCUCACAGCACGAGCUAACGAGGACCCCUGCUGGAAGAGUGAGAUCACCCAUGAUGAACACUGUGCCGCCUGCAAACGAGGGGCCAACCUGCAGCCCUGCAGCACCUGCCCAGGGGCCUACCACCUCAGUUGCUUGGACCCCCCCCUCAAGACAGCACCCAAGGGCCUGUGGGUCUGCCCCAAGUGCCAGCAGAAGGCCUUAAAGAAACACGAGGGUGUGCCCUGGACUGGGAUGUUGGCCAUUGUACACUCCUACGUCACCCACAAGACGGUCAAAGAAGAGGAGAAGCAGAAACUGCUGCAGCGAGGCAGCGAGCUGCAGACUGAGCACCAGCAGCUGGAGGAGCGAGAUCAGCAGCUGGCCUCGGCAGUGAAGAAAUGCCUGGAGCUAAAGACAAGCCUCUUGGCCCGCCAGAGGGGCACACAGUCAUCACUGGACCGCCUCCGGGCCCUCCUGAGACUCAUCCAGGGUGAUCAGAUGCUCCAGGUUGCCAUGGCAGCCACCAGCUCCACUCCACUGCUGACCGGGCCCUGGAGCAAGCCCUCCACCGCCACCAUGCGUCCUGCCCUCCAGCACCCUCAGGGCCACAACUGACCACAGGGACCUGUGUGACACCUAGGGAAAGUUACUGGGACCCUGCUCUUGAGUCCUGAGGGUUCUGUUGGCCUUAACUCAUAAACUCUAUGAAUUUCAGACACAAGUAAACCAGACAGAGAAACAUAGAAGAGAAGGGAGCACAUCCCAGAGCCAAGACAGGCUGAAGGUGGAUCCCUGCACCCUUCCUCACUACAGGGGACACCUGAAGGCCAGGUGGGGUGUCACAGACCAAGGCACAGGCAGCCCCACCCCCAGCUGUUGUGGGCCCCACCCCCAGCUUUCAGCUUCCAUUGCCAGCUCUCUUUGCGUCGUCCCCACAGGAGAGGCAGACUGCAGAGAGGAGGGUGAGGCAGACUGGCCCACGCAUAGCCUGCAUGAAGGCAAACUGAGGACAGGUAGCUGGAUAGUGGGGUGGGGGGGUGAGCCUCUGGUACCAGAGAGGGUAGCUAACCUAGGUAGUUGUCCAGAGGCCCUGGGUCUCCCUGCGCUCUGCCUGCCCUUGACCCCUUCUGUCAGUAUUGUUAGGUUGACAAUUGCAGCCAAUUUGACUGAACAAACUACAGGCCAGCUUCCCCUGGGGUCACCCCUACGUGGGCUGCCUUGCCUGGCCUAGGCCUCAGCCAUCCUGAGCCCUCUUCCUGUAGUCAAUCUCUGGGACUCAUUGGCCAUCAGUGUAUUUUCCUCGUGGAGUUCCGGGCUAGAUGGAGCUGCCCCCCCACCCUGCAGGGGAGGCACCUGGUGGCUUUCAACUCCUGACUAGAAGCCUUCAGGGUUCUCCUUGAAAGAACCGCUAAACAUCCAGCCCUCUUGCCAGUUAAGGACACUAUGCCAAAAAUCACUUCACAUUUUUGUAUGGUGUUUUUAUUGUGUGAUCCGUAAUGUGAACGGGGCACCCGCUGCCUUUCCUCUGGGUCUGGUAGUCUCUGCCCCAAGGUACGAAUGGACAACCUCCCCUGAGAGGCUGGCCAGAUGGAGCACCUAGAGGGGUUUUAGAGAUCCAGGGGGAGAGGGCGGUAGACUUGGGAGCCUGGCUUUCAGAGCCUCCAGAGCCCCCUCCUCACACUGUCCUCUUGUUCCCAGGGAGUGCAGGCUUUCUGUGCCCAUAGGGCCCCUGCACUCCCGUGGGCCGUGAGCCCACCUCACCCUGUUUCCCUGUCCUGACGGACUCAGCACAACCUAUUUUUGUCCAGGAGCCACAGGUCUCCUCUCAAGCAUAUCACACGGUGCCGAAUUGCAUUGAGCAUGUGUGUGUGUGCAAGCUGCAGGGCCACAGACACGCACGUGUGCACACAGACACAGGUGCAGAGUAGGGAGGCUGGCCGGCAUCCCGCCACCUGCCACUGUUCCUCUUGUCAUUUUUCACGACUCCGGGAGAAACUGUGCUGCGCGAUACAGAUCUAUUUUAAUACACGUAACACUGGUUGAACAAGAUUUUUAUAUUCUUUUAUCGAUGAACGACGUGAGCUGUGUGAGGCACACGUCAUAUAUUGGUUACGCGGUGCCAACUACGCAUUACCGAGUGGCUGGCGACGUAACUGUCUUCAGGUUCCUCUUUUGUUGGUUUACUUUUCUUCUUGGAUGGAUUGAGUUCGAUUUUGUAAGAAACAUGGGAAGAUUUGGAAGACUGGACCCAGGAGGGGAGCUCCCGAUGCGUCUUGAGACUGUUAGUUUUGGGGGGACCAAGGAGGACCGUCCAGUGGAUAGUGAGGCUAGAGAAAGUGUUUGUCUUAAAUAUCGCCAAUGUAGUUUUGCUUCCAUA